GCAUGAAGAAACGAAGACUAGUUCGACAGACGCGCAGGCGCGACUACCGGAGAGUCGAUCGUUUGUUUAUUUAAGAAAAUGGCUGACUCCUUGGCAAAGUACGGGAUUUACAUUGACGAUUUAAGUAAAGUCCGUGUAUUAGAACCGGAAGUGGCUAAUCAGACGAAUAAGCUUAAAGAAGAAUGUCAGAAUUUCGUUUCGAAGAUCACAGAGUUUCAGACGAAUUCUGACCAGUUUAUACAGAUAAUAGAACAAUUGGCAAACAAAGUUGAAAAGGAAAAAAUGAAGACCAUUGGGGCACGAAAUUUACUUCGUUCUAUGGCGAAAGAAAGGGAUGCCCAAAAACAACAGAUUCAGGCACAAAUUAUCGAGAAAUCUGUGGAACUUGAGAGACUUCGUAUACAAUAUGAUUCCUUAAGAAAAAUCGAAUUGGAACAGUUAGAAACUAUUGAACAAUUGUCUGUGAAUUAAUGAUCGGAAAUUGUAAAAUGUUUGUGUGUUCCCAUGAAUCGAGGAGUACAAGUAAAGUUACCAAAGAUAAUUAGAGCGACAUAUAUUAUGAAACAAGAUAUUUAUACAUAAAUUUAUGACGAAGUUUGCAGUUAAGACGGUAUCGGGGUUUAAACCCUUCUUAAUAAGACGGCAUCGAAUGUACAUACAUAUUGUGAAGGUUCUGAACCCCUGAAUCAGAAAGGCACGUCAGUUAAUUCUGAGUGAUAUUAGGUACUGUUACUAGUAUUCAUAUGCUACUGAUCACCUUGACAAUAGUAUAAUUUUUUUUCCCCCUUUUCGUAAAUGUUACGAUUACUUUCUUUAUAUAAUUAUAAACAGUUUUUCAUUACAAUUACUGUCUACUAACAGCCGCAAUUACAUGUGAGCAUUGGUAGAAGAUGAAUAACGAUAAAAACUUUAAAGCAAUUUCACUGAUACCGCAGUUAAUUUACG